CUUCCAUCUUUAUCUAUCAGCUUAACUCAGCCUUACUUUCCACAGUUUGAUAUACACAUACUAGAGCUAACUAGUUUCUGGCUCAAAUGAGUGGGCGUGUUACUCACGAGAUGGAGAUCGGGAGCGGCCCUUCAUCGCGACGCCAUCCACAACCUUCUUCUCAUAUUCACAAGGUGGAAAGGCCUCCUCAGCAAAACCUUCUCACUGAAUUUCAAACUGUUAUCAAGGAAACUUUCUUCCACGAGGAACCCUUAAAAGCUUUUCGGGGCCAAAAAAGUCAUACAAGGUUUUUUCUUGUACUCCAAGCUAUUUUCCCGAUUCUUGAAUGGGCAAGAAGCUACAAUCUGGAAAAGUUCAGAGGUGACCUGAUUGCUGGACUCACCAUAGCUAGCCUGUGUGUCCCUCAGGAUAUUGCAUAUGCAAAGCUUGCAAAUCUUGAUCCCCAAUAUGGGUUAUACUCUAGCUUUGUUCCACCUCUUAUUUAUGCCUUCAUGGGUAGCUCCAGAGAUAUUGCCAUAGGACCAGUGGCCGUGGUGUCUCUUUUGAUUGGAACUAUGGCGCAGAAUGAGAUUGAUCCACAGAAAAAUGCUCUUGCUUAUAGGCGUCUUGUAUUCACUGCUACCUUUUUUGCUGGAGUCACUCAAUUCGCACUUGGAUUUUUCAGAUUGGGUUUCUUAAUUGACUUUCUGUCUCAUGCUGCCAUUGUUGGAUUCAUGGCUGGGGCUGCCAUUACCAUAGGCCUUCAACAGCUCAAAGGUCUUCUUGGUAUAACAAACUUCACAAAGAAGACUGACAUUAUUUCAGUGAUGCAUUCAGUUUUUGGAUCAGUACAUCAUGGGUGGAACUGGCAGACCAUAGUAAUUGGGUUGUCAUUCUUGGCCUUCCUUUUGCUCACCAAGUACAUCGCCAAAAAAUACCCCAAAUUAUUUUGGGUAUCUGCUAUUGCUCCAUUGACCUCCGUCAUAGUAGCCACAUUUUGUGUAUAUAUUACUCAUGCUGAUAAGGAAGGUGUAGCAAUUGUGAAAUAUAUAAAAAAGGGCAUAAACCCAUCAUCUGCUCAUGAAAUCUAUUGGACUGGAGAUUUACUUCUAAAAGGUUUUAAGAUCGGUGUGGUUGCUGGUUUAAUAGCAUUGACGGAAGCUAUAGCGAUUGCUAGAACAUUUGCUGCUGUGAAGGACUACAAUGUGGAUGGGAACAAAGAAAUGGUGGCAAUGGGAACUAUGAACAUUGUUGGCUCCAUGACAUCUUGUUAUGUAGCUACAGGAUCAUUCUCUCGCUCUGCAGUAAAUUUCAUGGCUGGCUGCAACACAGCAGUUGCCAACAUUGUGAUGUCUUGUGUUGUUCUUCUAACAUUGGAACUCAUCACACCAUUGUUUAAGUACACCCCAAAUGCUGUACUUGCUUCUAUCAUCAUUGCAGCGGUGUUUCCCCUAGUUGACAUUCCAGCUGCGAUACUACUAUGGAAGAUUGAUAAAUUCGAUUUUCUUGCUUGUAUGGGAGCCUUCUUUGGUGUGGUCUUUAAAAGUGUGGAGAUAGGCCUUUUAAUUGCGGUGGCUAUAUCCUUUGCCAAAAUCCUCCUACAGGUUACAAGGCCACGAACUGCUGUACUUGGGAAUCUCCCAGGGACUCAUGUUUACAGGAAUGUGGAACAAUAUUCUACUGCAAAAACUGUUUCUGGAAUUCUGAUUAUUCGAGUUGAUUCUGCUAUCUACUUUUCAAACUCCAACUAUAUUAAGGAGAGGAUUUUGAGAUGGCUAAGCAAUGAAGAAGAAGUUUUGAAGAUAAACAGUGGACCCAGAAUCAAAUAUCUCGUCGUUGAAAUGUCACCUGUUACUGAUAUUGACACCAGUGGCAUCCAUUCCUUCGAAGAGUUACAUAAGACACUUCAGAAUAGAGAUGUUAAGCUUGUUUUAGCAAACCCUGGGGCAAUCGUGACCGAAAAGCUGCAUGCAUCCGAGUUUACAAAAAAGAUCGGUGAAGACAUGAUCUUUCUCACAGUUGCAGAUGCUAUUGAAAUGCUGUCGCCGAGAAUUAAAGAACUGCCAUAAUAUAUAUUACGAGCGAGGGUGUUGUGAAAGAAUGCAAAUAGCUAGUUAAGGUGUGAAGCUGGGGUAGUGUUUAAAUUGUGAAAUAGUGUGGAGUGUUUGACAGUUUUCAUAGCUGUUAGCAAAUUUAUUUUCAGUUCUGGGGAGCCCUAAUCUUUUUAAGUAGAAUGGCCAUAUAACGUUGGUCGUUGGGCAUCUUGUUUCUUUUGUCUUUUGCUUCUUUCUUUUUCAUCCACUCAUUUUCUUUUCAAUGAACUCUGACUCUCUGAGUUUCUUUGUACUUAUUUUGUUAUUCCUUUCCUUUGAAUCAAUUUUUUUUAGGUUUUAUUUCGUAGAGUGGAUAGAAGAUUGAGGGAAAAAGAGGAGAAAUUAAAGUGUAUAAAGUUUAUCAUUAUAAAGGUUUGAGAAAAAGGUG